AACCUUUGGAUGUAGGCAGUUUAUCUUUGACUCCACCUCAUCCACAGCCUCCUGGGCCAGAAACCUGGGUGCCAUUCUUACCUUCUCCCCCGCCUCCAAGAUCAAGAGAUUCUCCCGCUUCUCUGCGGAGUGCUGGGAUUAAACGGAUUAACCGCCUCCAAGCGAUGAUCCUAUCUUGAACCAUCGGAGGUUUGGAGUGCAGCAUACGAAACGCGGAAUUCCGGCUUCCAAAAUUAUCCCACGCUUCUCGACAGCUUCCCCGCGAGCUGUGACAGUGAGUUUAACGCGGUCUUUGAGUCAUCAAGAAUGUGUGUGAUAAAUACAUUAUUUUAACCCUCUCUCAUCACUGCCUGUAGGAUUUUUUUUUUUAAAUAGGGAACACUAAAUUCCUCGUGUUAGUGGCAUCUCCUGCGCACUCUGGAGCGAAGCCCCCCUGCUUUUUCCCAGGCUGGGAAGAUGCGCACAGGGGGUGCAGAAGCUUAGGGUCAGAGUAAGCGCUGAGCCAGGAGAGGGGGCGGGCACUUAGACCGCGUGCUGCAGAGUCCUCCGCCGUCCCAGCAUUCCCUGCGUCCGGACCAUCGAGCGCGGCUUCCGGCGUCGCUGGUGGAGGUGGGUGAAGAAGGAGCGGGCCCUCGCCGCUCGUUCUCGCUCCCUCUCUCUCUCUCUCUCUCCCUCUCUCUUUCUCGGGCAACAUGGCGGGCGUGGAGCAGGCAGCGUCCUUCGGGGGCCACCUGAAUGGCGACCUGGAUCCAGACGACAGGGAAGAGGGAACCUCCAGCACGGCCGAGGAAGCCGCCAAGAAGAAAAGACGGAAGAAGAAGAAGGGCAAAGGGGCUGUGUCAGCAGUGCAACAAGAACUUGAUAAAGAAUCCGGAGCCUUGGUGGAUGAAGUAGCAAAACAGCUGGAGAGCCAAGCACUGGAGGAGAAGGAGAGAGAUGACGACGAUGAAGAUGGAGAUGGUGAUGCUGAUGGUGCAACUGGGAAGAAGAAGAAAAAGAAGAAGAAGAAGAGAGGACCAAAAGUUCAAACAGACCCUCCCUCAGUUCCAAUAUGUGACCUGUAUCCUAAUGGUGUAUUUCCCAAAGGACAAGAGUGUGAAUACCCACCCACACAAGAUGGGCGGACAGCUGCUUGGAGAACCACAAGUGAGGAAAAAAAGGCCCUAGACCAGGCCAGUGAGGAGAUCUGGAACGACUUCCGAGAAGCUGCGGAGGCACAUCGGCAAGUUAGGAAAUAUGUCAUGAGCUGGAUCAAGCCUGGGAUGACGAUGAUAGAAAUCUGUGAGAAGUUGGAAGACUGUUCCCGAAAGCUAAUAAAGGAAAAUGGGUUAAAUGCAGGCCUGGCGUUCCCCACUGGGUGUUCUCUCAACAACUGUGCUGCCCAUUACACUCCCAAUGCUGGUGACACGACAGUCUUGCAGUAUGAUGACAUCUGUAAGAUAGACUUUGGAACACAUAUAAGUGGUAGAAUAAUCGAUUGUGCUUUUACUGUUACUUUUAAUCCCAAAUAUGACAUACUAUUAACAGCUGUAAAGGAUGCCACUAAUACUGGAAUAAAGUGUGCUGGGAUUGACGUUCGUCUCUGCGAUGUCGGUGAGGCCAUUCAAGAAGUUAUGGAAUCCUAUGAAGUAGAAAUAGAUGGGAAGACAUACCAAGUGAAACCCAUACGUAACUUAAAUGGACAUUCAAUUGGGCCAUAUAGAAUUCACGCUGGAAAAACGGUGCCCAUUGUGAAAGGAGGGGAAGCUACAAGAAUGGAGGAAGGAGAGGUGUAUGCCAUUGAGACCUUUGGGAGCACGGGGAAGGGCGUGGUUCAUGACGACAUGGAAUGUUCACACUACAUGAAAAAUUUUGAUGUGGGGCACGUGCCAAUAAGGCUUCCAAGAACAAAACACUUGUUAAAUGUCAUCAACGAAAACUUCGGUACCCUUGCCUUCUGCCGAAGGUGGCUGGAUCGCUUGGGAGAAAGUAAAUACUUGAUGGCUCUGAAGAAUCUGUGUGACUUGGGCAUUGUAGAUCCAUACCCACCACUGUGUGACAUUAAAGGGUCAUAUACAGCACAGUUUGAACACACUAUACUGUUGCGUCCAACCUGUAAAGAAGUUGUCAGCAGAGGAGAUGACUAUUAAAACUUAGUCCAAAGCCAACUCAACGUCUUUAUUUUCUAAGCUUUGUUGGAACACAUUAUACCACAAGUAAUUUGCAACAUGUUGUCUGUUUUAGCAGUGGACCUGUGUAAUACCGUUAUUCAUGUUUAAAGGAGUUUGAUCAAAGGCAAACUGUCUACAUGUAAUUAACCAAGGAAAAGGCUUUCAAGACUUUAAUGUUAACUGUUUCUCCCGUCUAGGAAAUGCUGUACUGCUCACUAGUUAGGAAUUACUCACACGUUUUGUUUUGAAGACCUAAGAGAUGCUUUUUGGAUAUUUAUAUUGCCAUAUUCUUACUUGGAUGCUUUGAAUGACUUCAUUCAGUUCUGCACCUGUGCCCUCUGGUAUUGCUUUUUAACCUCCCUGGAAUCCAUUUUCUAAAAAAUAAAGACAUUUUCAGAUCUGAGAGAUACAUUUUAAUGUGUAUGGUUGUAAUUCUAAGCAGAAAGAGGCAAAAGUAUGGAUAAUGUUCUUUAUCUGUCUUUAUCUGGACUGUAGAUACGACAGAUAACCUCAGAUUCUCUUCAUGGUGGCUACAAGCUCUUCAUGUGUGUGAAGCAGGCAGAAAGGAGUAUAGUUGAGGAAGGUUUUGCUUUUUUUUUUUUUUUUUUUGUUAAAAGCAUAUUUAAAAUGAUUUAAGCAUCAUGGAAAAACCUUGUGCCAACUGGAAAAACCUUGCUGUAGUAAAUGUCCCUCAAGGGUUCAUAUUUACAGGAUAUGUGUUCCAUAUUAGAAAACCAAAUCAACAGUAAAGCCACAAGCAAAAGAAGUUUCAAUCUUGUCCUAAUUAGAACAAUUAUCUUGGGAUUGGGCUUUUUCCUUCCUGAGCCAAGCACUGAACAUCACGGCCUCCAGUAAGUUAGAGAUCCCAGCAUCAGGUUACUCAAGGAGAUGAGGUUCGAGACCUUUCAUAAACUGUGUGUUAAUUUGAACAUAAAGACACAUUCGACUUUAGGCUGGGCCCAAUAAUCAUUUAGCUGCUUAAAAUCUUUGUAUGAUUUGCUAGAAAUGGUCCAUCUUAGUUCCAAAUUCGUCCCUUGCCCAGGUAAAGCCUUAAUUUGUGUAUACCUUGACACAGUAAUGCUGUAUUGCUUCCGGAAUGCUAAAUCAAUUUUUAUUUUGCUUGACAUUGUCUCUGAAGGAAAGGUAGACUUAGGGCCCUGGACCACGGGCUGCUUGAAGUUUUCCGGGAAGGCUACUUUUGACUUUGUGAGCUGUGUCUUCCUGGUGCUGAGGGGCUCCACGUGAACUCACACACUCACAGGCCCUCCAGCUGCCUCCUUGGGUUCUGCAUUCAUGGUCUUGGUUUUUGAGCAGCUUGACCUCUAAGCCCAGGAUAUUGAAAACUGACCCCUAAAUAAACUUUAGGGUUUUCUAAGACCUUUCCUGCAGUCUCCCUCUUUGUAAGGUCCAAACUUAUCUCAGAGUACUACUGUUGGGAGCAGACAUCCUUGUGUCCUGAGUGGCCGGAAGGAGUAUGGCCUUAUAAAGGAAAGCCAAAACAACACAAAGCCAAAACCAACACUUGUUGUUUGCUUAGUAGUUAUGUAGCCCUUAAAGUCAUUGUUACAUUUAGUGAUGUGUCUUCCUGUGAUGGUUAACAAUAGUGCCUUUAGUAAAUUAUUUUACAGCCUAAACUGUUGGUUUUUUGCGUGGGUGUCCACCUUGCAGAUCUGAGGUAUUUAAUAAGAAACUGAAGUUUCUUUGCAUCAUUUGGGUUUUGUUUAGUUUUUUUUUUUUUCAGUGUAAUCUUAGAUUCACAACAAAAUCUAGUGGGAAGUACAACAGUCUGCUGUGUGCUAGUUUAAUGUUUUGUUUCUUUUAAAUGCCAGUAAAAAAAAAAAAGGUGCUACAAUGUGUUGGUCUAGAAAAAAAAAAGGUUCUUGAAAUUAAAGGCUAGAUUUGGUAACUUUUAUCACAUGAAUCUUUAAUGAGGUAUAUUUAACAGCUGAUGCAACAAUUUGUAUACGCUUUGGGUAAGUGACCUAAUAUCACUCCAAAUAUUACUCCAGCUGUAUUUUUGGCACAUAGGAUUCUGUCUUCGGUUGAUGUGUUUUUGUUGCGGUUUGUUAAUAAGCUGCCCCAGGCGACACUCCUUUCAGAAGUCUGUGCUAAAGAUAACUCUUCCUGGCUUAGAUAUAAGCUGUAAAUUAAGUCACUUUCUUUAGGAAGAAGGGGGAAAAAAAAACCUCUCCCAGUGGCUCACAGGUUCCUUGGGAUCUGUGGGUUGGUGGAGCCCCAUUUCUGAGCAGGUUGGGUGGCGGUGGCCAUGGCCAUGGCCAUGGCAGCAGCAGAGCUCCAUCCAUAAGACCUGGAAAGCUUUCUUUAGAACACAGCGAAAGGAAUCUCUCUUGCUUUUAGUUAAUUCAAGUUUAGACCACUUCUAGUGUUUUUAAAAAGGGGCCAGGGCCCUGAGAAAUUCCCAGUGGUCACAUAAUCCUAGCAAGAGUCAGGCUUAGGGUACUUCGAGAAAAACAAGAUCUUAGAUGUAACAGCCCAGGUGCCAUGCUCGAACUGUCUUCUCUCUGCCUUAAACAUCUGCCCCUAUGCAUUUGCCCCUAUGCAUUUGUCUUACUCCUUUGAACUAAAAAUAAAAAAUAAAGAAAUAAAUCUCAACUACUUAAGAUAUCUAAAAUUAAACGUAAAAACUCAUUCUCAAGAUAAACUACAUUUGUGUAUCAUAAUAUAUUGGUUUGCUAAAUUCAAAAUUUUGUGACUGCCUUAUUAGAACUAUUUUUUCAUUGCCCAUAGUUCCAAAGUUCAUUGAAGUAUAUACCAUGUGUAAAUCUGCUAUUUUCAUUUUGAAUUUGUGCUCAAUAAAGGACAGUUAUGGAAGCAAUAAA